AUGGGUAUUCCAUCAUCUCUACCCACAAACCCUAACCCCAACCCCAGUCCACCGCUCCCUCAAUCACCACCACCGCAAACGCCGCCGCUACCUCAAUCGCCACCACCUCAAUCACCACCACUACCCCCAGGACAAACACCAACUCUCAUUCCGCUGACUCCCCUCUCGCCCCAAACUGUGCUGCACAAUGAGACACCCGCUUUUGAAACUCAGUUCCCAGAACCAAUGCCUAAACCUGCGCCUACUCAAACGAAAACCAAAGGUAAAACUAAAAAGGCUGCAGGUAGACCCAAGAAAGCUCCUGUCGAAAAACGAAAAAGAGCGCCCUCUGUUCCUUUUGACCUAAACUCUCCACCUCAACCUUCCUCUGAACCAGUCAACAAAAGGACUAGGUCCUCCUCGCAAAUUCCACCACCAGCAGUCCAAACCCCUGUAUCUCAGUCACCCUUAAACUCUCCAGCAGCACCUGCGUCAUCUGCCAAUGAUAUAGAGGAGGGUUCGGGCUAUAAAAAUAUUGAGUGGCAACAAACUAUUUAUGACCCUAUUCAAUUCUGGAAAGACAUUGCACCUUUUGGGGGUUAUUAUAGACAGAGGACUGCAAAAGCCUCUAGGAUAGUUGAUCAUGUGUUAAAAUACCUCCAUAGCUUUGAUGCUCAUCUAUAUAAGCUGCUGCCAGUUUCUGGUGAAUCAUAUAUAGACAGCACAAUAUUGCUACACAUGGAUGUUUAUGAGAAAGUAGGACAUACCUAUGCUUUGUUGCAGCAGCAUCCCAAAGCCAGUGAUAUGCUUCAAGAAAUGAAAGACCUCACAAAAAAUUUGGAAACUGCUUCUAAAGCUUCAGAUCACAAUGAACCUGAAGCAGACCCUGAUGCAGCAGCAAAGCCUUGA